UCACGACUCACACCCGUCCAUCGGCCAUCAAAACUUCACAGAGAUGCUGAGGUCCACCGGCCGCCUCCUGCUGCUCGCGCUGGCGGCGAGCCACCUGCUGCUCGCCGCCGCCGGCGCUGGCUGCGAGCCGAGCGGCUCGCUCCGGCCGAGCCGGGGCCACUCGUGCCAAGACUGCUGCAAGGCCGGGCAGGCGUACCCGACGUACAGGUGCUCGCCGCCGGUCUCCUCCUCCACUCGUGCGGUCAUGACGCUCAACAACUUUGACGAGGGCGGCGAAGGCGGGGACCCGUCGGAGUGCGACGGCAAGUUCCACCACAACUCAGAGCGCGUGGUGGCGCUGUCCACGGGGUGGUACAGCGGGGGCUCCCGCUGCGGCAACAACGUACGGAUCCGAGCCAACGGCAGGUCCGUGCUUGCCAAGGUCGUCGACGAGUGCGACACCCUCAACGGGUGCGACCGCGAGCACGGCUACCAGCCGCCGUGCCGCAACAACGUCGUCGACGCCUCCCAGGCCGUCUGGGAUGCUCUGGGCAUCACCGGGGAGGAGGUCGGCGAGUACAACGUCACUUGGUCGGAUGCAUGAGCAUGAACUGCGUGGCCGCCGGUGCAAGUGCAACUAGCUAAUGUAAGGUGUAUGCCCCCUCAAAAUAAAAAUAAAGAUGUAAGGUGUACGGACGAAUAAAAGUGCACAUCCGAACCCA